GGCGGGGUUUGCAGCCCACGCUAAGGUGGAGACCAGACCAAGCACGAGGACGCCCGGCUGGCGGCUCUGCCCCUCGCUCGCCGCCUGGAUUAGAAUGGAAUCGAAUGAAUUAGCGCCUCUUCAAGCGGCGCGUGCGCAGCACUCUGCCUGGCGCCGGAACUGGGAAGCCGGGCGGUUUCCCUGCAGGCCCCGCGCGGCGGGGAGUGCUGGUUUUUCCGGAAGUGCGGGUCGGAGGCGCUCGCGGUUCGGUCUGGGUGAUGCUGGUGGCCCUGGCCGGCGUCCGUCGGUGCAGCGGCUGGCGGCAGGGUCCCGUCCGUGCGGGCGUACGGAGCUGGAGCGGGGCCAUGCCUCGGAGGGUCCGGUUGUAACUGACAAAAGUGGUUCCCUCACUAUUGCUAUUCAUGCCAAACCUGGAUCCAAACAAAAUGCUAUAACAGAUGUGACAACUGAGGCAGUAGGUGUAGCUAUUGCUGCACCUCCAUCAGAAGGGGAGGCAAAUGCAGAGCUGUGUCGUUACCUUUCUAAGGUUCUAGAAGUGAAGAAGAGCGAAGUUGUUUUAGAUAAGGGUGGUAAAUCUCGUGAGAAAGUGGUGAAGAUUUUGGUGUCAAUGACUCCAGAUGAGGUUUUAGAGAAACUGAAAAAAGAAGCUACCAGUUGAGACCAAACAAAACAGGAAAUGGAACAAUAUGUCUUGAAAAUCUUUCAUUGAAUGUAAAGAGGAGGAGGGACAUUCUUCAACGACAGCACACAAAUGCAGGCUGUGGGUCACUUACGAGAAACAAAGAUUCUUCUGUGUAAAUGUGUAGGUAAAUCUAAGUACAUUGUAAAGUACAAAUCUCUUCUGUAUUCUUCCAUACGCUAAACUUUGGUUUAAAUAAUCCCACAGAACUAAGGCUCAACCUAGAAGUGGAAGCAGAUUUAUCGCUGGAUAGGAAAGCUAAAACCCUGACAUUUAGCUGAAUCUAUAUCAUGAAUUCAGCAUGACUGGGCUCCUUUUCUAUAGUUAUCUUCAAAAUAGUCUCCUAAGCGUAAACCCAGUCCUGAUGAGUAUUUGGGCAAUGUUUCUGAAUGCAGGCAUAAUUAUUUUUGGUUCACAAAGUAAAAGGCUUGGAGUGACAGGCUUAUGAUAAAGCACUGGCACAAUGUCAAGAGAAAUGUGGUGCAGAAGGAAAAAUCAAUUUAGAAGUGAGAGCCUAAAAGAGCAAUCAGUGUAAUAUACAGUGACAUGCGUAGGGUCCAAUUCUACUCUUGUCUACACCACUGUAAAUCCAGAGUAAUGCUUUUGAAGCCCGGGGCAUUGCCCUGGAUUUACAUAGGAGCAGAACUUUUCCCUUAAGCAGUCAAAAGAACUGAGUCUGCAAUAUGAGAAAUUGAUACAGUACUUAAGCAGCAAGUACACAAAAGCUUGCUUCGCUUCACUAGGAAGCCUAUUAUCAAAGAGUUGCCUAAUAAAGGUAGUGCUUCUAAUAGAGUGGUCAAAAGUAUCUUCACCAGUUUGUUCUGUUUAAUAAAAACACAGCAUUACGUUUCAUCAACAGUUCUUGUAUUUUCAGUGAGAACGGAUUAUUUAUAGCUGUGACUUGACUAGUAAAACAAAAUUAAUUUUGUUUUUAGACAGUCUGAGCAGCAAUUUUGUUUGUUCUUGGUGACAUUCUGUUGAUCUAAAUAAAUGAGUUGUGUUCAAGAAUCAGUUUCCAGCCCACAGAAAAGUGAGCAAAGUGAAGUAAUACAUGAAGUGGUGUUAAGAGUGCAAAGAUUGUACGUGAGAUGAAAUGGGAAAAGUAGAUGUAUUUGUCUUAAUCGCUCUUGACGAAGUACUGGAAUGUACGCUUGUGUUCCCCACUAAUAUAUGUGAUGUCACUAUGUUUGGCUGCUUCAGCUAGCCUCUUAGAUUGCAGCUGUUAGGGGUUAGAUUGUGUUACUUUCUACAUUGUUUCUAUCCAACAGUUGUAAUGUGUAAAUGUGAUUUUAUUAUUUUAAUGCCUAAGAGUCAAUAAACAAGUCUAAAACCCCA